AUGGGGUCGUCUGGCUGUAGCUCUGAGAUAGUUGAGUCCACCGAGGAAUUCGACAGUACACCCUUUGGUGGAUCCAGCUUGCUGCAUAUUAAACUCAAAGAUGAGGAGAAGCGCGGCAAAUGUCAUGAUUAUCCUGUGGAAGAUGACCUCGACCAGCUUCUUAAAGCUAUCGAUAGCAGGACCUUCCGAAGGGCGCUUAGUCCUGGUAGUACAGGUGGAGAUGCGCUGGGUAAGAGUGUUCUCAAGAAACCAGCUAGGUCUGGGUUGUCUCAAAGUGCAGGCAUCGGGAUAUCCUCCAAGACUGUUAAUAUGAAGCAAGCGCUAAGAAGGCUAUGCAUUUCCCAGGCAUCAGAAAUGGCUGCAAUGAAGAGGUUGUCGAUGUCACCUGGAUCUUCAAGUUCAUCCGAAGCUGGGACUAUCCACAGGCUUUAUGCCUCUUUGAUGGUCCAAAGUAGUUCUGAGGGUCUUCUGCAUGAUGAUGAGAAGAUGAACCUGAUUGAAAUAUCGUUCACUCCAGAGAAGAUUGAUAAGAGUUCAUCUAGAGGUACAAGUGAGUUCAGUGAAGACUGUGAAUUUGAGACAGCUGAUGGAAGUGCAGUCACCUCUACCUCUAUCUGUUCUGCUUCGUCAACCUCCGCUGAGAUUAAGAAGAUCAGAAUCCAAGAUGUCAUCAGUGGUGACCCUAUGGAUAACGAGAGUUCCUUGGUGGAAAAUGGUAAACUAGGAAGUAAAUUUUCUGCAGCUACUGAUGAUGGCUCUCCCAGAGUCCCAAUCUUGAGCAAACCUAUCACUACAUCCCGACUUGUGAAGCCAGUCUUUCGAUGCAAGCCUUCCGGUAAGAAGAAAGUGAAAGAAGAACCAUCUUCGUUGGGUGAUUCCUCCAAUAGUACUAAAUUCUGCUCUUCAAAGGAGUCAAUCUACCUCGCAUCAACCAGCUGCUCUUCAACAUCUAGUGUUACAAAUCCCACUAGCUGUGCAGAAGAAGAGAAAUCAACUCCAGGGCCAGAAAAAUCUGAUGGAACAUCUUCCGAGUGGUUGGCAGAGGAAAAGGGCGAGUGUUCCCAGAAUUCAAAGAGCAGCAUUAGUGAGUAUGGUUGUAGCACAAGUAUCAGCGGCGAGAGCCAAUUUGGAUUGUGUGGCUAUAGUAACAGGCCACACAUGGCAAAGGAUCUGCGCUGGAUAACCAUUCGUCAGUUGGCAUUGCAACAGGGUUCCUUAGGACUCGACAAUUUCAAGCUUCUGAAGAGGCUUGGUUGUGGGGACAUUGGGACUGUAUAUCUUGCUGAGUUGGUUGAUUCAGAUUGCUUAUUUGCUUUGAAGGUUAUGGACAUCGAGUACCUUAUUAAUAGAAAGAAGAUGCUACGAGCACAAGCUGAGAGGGAGAUACUAGAAAUGCUAGAUCAUCCAUUUCUCCCGACUCUUUAUGCCCAUUUUACCACAGACAAUCUCUCAUGCUUGGUCAUGGAGUACUGUCCAGGCGGUGAUUUGCAUGUUCUUCGUCAAAGACAACCUGGAAAAAGCUUUCCAGAGCCAGCAGCAAGGUUUUAUGUUGCAGAAGUUCUCCUUGCUUUGGAAUAUCUUCACAUGCUAGGGGUCAUAUACCGUGAUCUAAAGCCAGAGAACAUUCUAGUCCGUGAAGAUGGGCAUAUAAUGUUAUCGGACUUUGACCUUUCACUGAGGUGCUCAGUGAAUCCUGUGCUCCUUCUGUCAUCUUCUAUUACAGCGAACCACCAACCGAGGAAACUUACAGGACCUUGUGCAGAGAACUACUGCAUCAAUUCGUCUUGCCUCCAGCAACCCUCUUGUGCCCAAACAUCUUGCUUCGCACCACGCCUACCAUCAAUUCCGAAGCCUCAGAAGCCUAAGUCCUCCAAGAAAAGGCUUCCGCAGCUUGUUGUAGAGCCUACUGAUGCACGCUCUAAUUCCUUUGUUGGCACACAUGAAUACCUUGCCCCAGAAAUCAUCAAAGGGGAUGGCCAUGGAAGCGCUGUUGACUGGUGGACCUUUGGUGUCUUCCUUUAUGAACUUUUAUAUGGCAAGACACCCUUCAGAGGACCUGGGAAUGAUGAAACAUUGGCAAAUGUGGUCUCACAGAAUCUCCGGUUCCCAGAGAAUCCAUCUGUGAGCAGCAAUGCCAAAGAUCUGAUCAGAGGUUUACUGGUGAAGGAGCCUGAGAACAGAUUUGGAUCGUUGAGAGGAGCUGCUGAGAUCAAGCAGCACCCUUUCUUUGAAGGCUUGAAUUGGGCUCUAAUUCGAUCUGCUGCUCCACCAGAGACACAACCUUGCAACGUCGUGACUCUUGCGAAAGAGCGGAAGAAAGAAGGCAAGUGCCUGGAGUUCAGAAGCAACUCCGAGGACCUUGAGUUUGAAGUUUUUUAG